GCCUAUGGCAUGGGACUUCCGUUCGAUCAACAGGAACAGGAAGUUCCUCGCGACGGCGAAAUAAAAACAUCCUGUAGCGAUGUGAGAUGCUCCAUGAAAUAAACACGCCACGCGUACGCGGCAUGCCGCGAGACGCGAAUCGGCCGUUCGGAGACUCGCGUGUGUGCCUUUCGGCGUGUUCAACCUCGUUAUUUUUAUGAGCCCACUUUCGGAUUCCGGCGACCCCAAGGUCGAACGGCACUGAUUACGAGAAAACUCGAGAAAUCGAGUCGCUUACAGCUAUUUCCACCCAUUCGAAACGAGACCGUGACGAUCAUCGCUGUUAUGGGAAAUUUGCUUUUAGUACCCGUCUGCACGGAUGGGAUUGAGUCCGGGAAGCAAGAAUGCAAUCUGAGAGCAUAUGCGCCAAUGACAUCGAGGGUCUCGACUCGGACACCCUCAUACCAGUGGAGCUCUUGGCUUGUGACGUUUCUCCUCACUCAAGAUUCCAAGAUACUUUGUCGAUAGUGGAACUCGGCAAACAGCUUUUGCAUAACGCAAAAAAUGGAGACACCGAGGCUGUGCGCGAGCUCAUGUGUAGAGGUGCACCAUUUACGACAGAUUGGCUUGGUACGAGUGCGCUUCACCUGGCUGCGCUGAACAAUCACAUGGAAACUGCCGAGGUCUUACUCAGAGCAGGAAUAUCAAGAGACUCUAGGACAAAAGUAGAUAGAACACCGUUACAUAUGGCAGCGUAUGAGGGUCAUCAUCAGAUGGUGCAAUUGCUGCUUAAUUAUGGAGCUGAUGUCGACAGCAAAGACAUGUUGAAGAUGACGCCAUUACAUUGGGCAGUGGAACGUGAGCACACUGAAGUCAUGCAUAUUUUGCUAGAUUAUGGAGCUGACACAAAUGCAACUAGUAAAUUUGACAAGACUCCGAUCAGUCUUGCACUGGAACACGACAGGCUAGACUUGGUUGACAUAUUGCAACAGGAAAGGGAGAUAAUAGGUAUUCAAGCCCAGCAACAAAGUCAGACUAACCCUGCGGAAUUAGAAGUGGCGACGCAUAAUUUGAUACAAUUAGAAGCGGAGAACAAUAGCACAGGUUCCAUAGCAUCGGAUACGGAACAAAAGUUUGCAAUAAUGCAGCAGCAACAGCCUCAACAGCGCAAACGUAAAGCUUCUCAAUUACACGUGGAAAAGAAGCAAAAGAUGAUUUUCCAACAAAUCCCUGUAUCGUCGAAUGAUCUGGGCGGUGAACACGAGAAAGAGAUUGAGGAUAUUGAAGUAAUCGAUACAAAUAAUAUCAUGAAUAACAAGAAACAAAAAGACUUUAUGUCUCUAGGAGGUAUCAGUAAACAAUUCAGAUUAUUGGAGGCACAUGGAAUCACAAUGAUACCUGUGGAUGACGAGUCGUCCAUCGUGGAGAACGCGGUAGAAAGUGGGAGAACGGUUGUUUUAACAGAAGCUGGGAAACUCGCUCUAAAUCUAACAAAAGGUACGCCGAUUAAACGUCUCCAAGUCGCUUCGCGGAAGGGAACUGCGAGGAAAGUUAUAACAAUCCGAACUGACCAGAUCCAGUCCAAGAUGUUGAAUCAAAAUUCGAAUGCAUCCACCAUUACAUCACGAGGUCCAAACAUCUUGAAAAGAUCUGCUGUAGAUAGUAAAGCUGCCAAAUUAUUUCUCACAACAAUCCCUAAUACCACGACAAUAUCGAAUAUUGCCGAAAUCAAGAAUACUGUUCAACUGAAAGAGAAGACUGCGAGUUCUCCGGCAAAGAUCGCGCAGUCAACGGUCUUACAAUUGGACGAUGAUAUAGAAGAGAUUACCGAAGAGGACAGUCCCGAAAACAGCGAACCGAUAACGGAUAUAGCGGUGCUGAGUAGACAAUUGGCGGAAGCGCGAAGACAAGCUGCCGAGUAUCGUAAGCAAUUGCAGGAGAAAGAGAAAGAAGCGGAAAUAUAUAAGCAGCAACUUCAAAACAUCACGGCACAAAUAGCUUCAAAGUGAUUUUAUACACAUAUAAAGAUCGUGUCCGAUUACACGAUAUACACUAAUCGUAUUUGUUCCUUUAUAUCGAUAGAAUCGUUCAUUUUUUUAUUUACCAAUCAUUACAUCAUAUUGUAAAUCGAAUUUACAAUUAAACGUUUUCAAUUUUGAACGUUUUUUUUUUUUAAAUGAAACACUUUAUCGUCAUUUUACUUCUCUAAACACGAAAAAUACGAUAAUACGAAUUUGUAAUUUUCAUUACCAACCGGGUACUUGAUAAGUUGAUAAUGGACAGCUGCGAAAUACUGAAAAACCUAAACCGUUUUCAUACGCAUCAAUAUUUCUCAACAUUCGUUAGGCAAAUGUAUUUCCUAUUUUAACAGACGUUAAUUGUUUCCUCAACGUUUACGAACGUAACAUGUAAAUAUAAUGUAUAUGUACACAUACAUAUAUUGUAUGUACAUACAUAUAUGUAUAUGUGUAUAUGUAUGUAUAUAUGUGUGUGCAUAUGCGAUUGAAUAUAAAAUAGUGAGGACACAAACUAGAACAAGACGCUGUAAAUCUAUGUGGUUUGGCGCAUCGAUAUACAGGGUGUAAUUUAAUUCGCGUACUACUUACACAGGACUUUUCGAGUCAGUUUUUCAUGAGAAACAUCACUGUGUAAAUAGUGGGCGCGCAUUAAAUUACACCCUGUAUAAUAAUAAUGGAAUACAUAAAUUAUUUUGCUCUCCAUUUGAUAUAUCAAGCUUAAUUUGUCUAUCAUCGAUUCUUGAAUUGAAUCAUAAAUAACUAAGAACGAAUACACGUACUUAUUUUCUAAACGUUUUAAAUGAUCGAGCCCUGCUAAGAGUCCUGAAUUAAUCGCAAACUGUUUGUUAAUGACAUUGUGUCAUGUUCAGAAUGUUUAGAAAAAAUGCCAAGUAUCAAUCUCUUAUUUCCAUUACUCGGAAAUUAUUAGAAAUUUGAUCCACUACACACACACACACACACACAGAUUUCGCUUCCUCUCUUUGUAAUAAAUGUAAAUAUUCAAGUUUUAAUAUAAGAAAGGAUAACCGCAUGAUUAUUAUUUUUCUUCAUCUAUCAAUAAAUCUAAGUAGAAAUGUUUUUAGAUAAGAGUUGUUGGUUUUGCUCCAAUAUUCAUUCGACGUAAUAGUCGCUUGUAUAUGCAGCUAAGUCAGCGAGUAAUAAUAGGGAACGUGCAAAACGCAGCGUAACGUUCAGUGCCGUUAAUGUUUAUAAAUACGUACGAUCUAUUUUAUACAUACAUUGUACUUUUAUAUGUCCCACACUGAAAAAAUUCUGCUUCUAAUCGUUAUGGAUUGUUAUGGAUUGAUUGAUGUCAGAGACAUCAAGAUAAGAAAUAUUAAGUAUUUCCAAGAAAAGAUAGAUAGAGAGACAGAGAGUGUGAGUUGUUAAAUUUCAUGGCAAGUCUAUGUAAACUUCUGAUGUUUUAUGACAAAUGUCAUCAUGUAGUCAAAGAUAUCGUUGAUGCAUCUCACGGCUAAUGCUUCGCUCGCGCUUGCAAAUGGAGUAAUGUGAAAAGCAAAUUUAGUUGGACGAAGGUCUUUAACGCUAUAUAUGAUGUAAAACACAUUCAAAGUGAUUUCUCAUAACCGAUUUAAUUUGAUUCCCCCAUCGCUUCGUCGCAUAUCUUAGCUUGGUACGAAACACAUUCCAGGUGCGCUCUUCCACCUUUGUCCGAUAGCUUCGAUAAGUCAACAGCUGUUGCGAGAAUGUACGAGAAAAAUUAUUUUUGGUAUCUGCCAAAUUUAGUUUAGCAGUGUACCGGGACUUUCGACCAAUAUAAUCUAAUCUAAAGAUGUUAUUGGUAUAUCGGACGAAAUGCGAAACGAUGAGAUAAUGCACCGGCGGAGAACGAUUGAGGAAAGUAGUUGACCUCAGGUACAAAAAACGAAUGCGUCGUACAAAGCGCUACGGCGAAAAGUUGCGGAACGCAACGGGCUAUACUUAGGACGUUAAGACAACUCUACUAGAAUAAGACUUUUCUAGCAAUGUACAUUGUAAAUAUAGCUUUAUACAGAAAAUCGAAUAAAGAGAAUUGUUGAUUACAAAGUUA